AUGCAGAAGCUAUUAACUGUUCCAAUAACCACAAGCACAGCCCUCCCAUUCCCAGUAUGUGGGGCAGAGAGCAUCGAAUGCCUUCGACGAGGGUUACGAACAUUUUUCUUCCUCAUGGAUUCAGAAUACCAGGGGAUGAAGUCCGUUGAUCCAGUUAUAUUAAAUAGCCUCACAGUCGCUCUGCCUGACGAGCAACUGUCAUUUUUGUUGAGGCGCGUCAAUGUAACAGGUGCGAAAUGGACCAAGCUCGUAGAAAGAAAGUUUAAUUUGCCUGGUGGCAAAAAUGGAGUUCGAUUUAUUAGUGACCUCCAUGUCACCGGUGAACUAACAAUGAUGAUGUCGACGAGGUUGGAUCCUUUAUUUGCCCGAAUGACAAUGGAUAUACAGGAUGUUGAAAGUAAUGUGACAUACACAUGGGCAGGUCAACGAGGUUAUGACAACGAAGAUUACAUCUUAAUAGGACCCGAAAGGGUCGCUGUACGAAAUGCGCGAACCCCAUCUUUCUUUUUGCAGACAGAUACUAUGGAGGAUAGAAACGUGAUGGAACGAAUGCUUCUAAUGAAACCUGCUGUUCUAGACCAUAUAUCAAAUGAAAUAACAAUAUCUAUAAUGCAUUCCAUCGUAGAUAACUUUAGAUUAUUUGCUAGCAAAGUACCAGCCAAGAAUUAUUAUACCUUUAUUGACAACAAUUAAACAGUAUUAUUAAAA